AAAACGUUGUCUCUCUGUUUCAGAUUGAACUUGUGAAACAUGAGAGUCCAUUUGAACAAAUUGACAUUGAAAUGAAGAAUGAACCUUCUCAUAGCAAUACAGCUAUUCAUCAGAUGGCGACAGUUGCAGUAGAUAGCAGCCAAGAACCAGCGCCAGAGUGCAGCACUGCAUUCGCUCCAACCGAUAAUGACUUCAGCCAACAACAUUAUUUAAUCCCUGGCUACAAUCUAAUAUUCAUCAAAGAAGAAGAUACCCAAGAUGGAGAAGACAUUUCAGAAGAAGUUGACUUUGGCGCAGUGAAGAGUGAAGCAGAGAUGUGGCCUUCUAUCAGCGGCACUGCCAAUGCAACAGAAGUGGGUGAACUGGAUGCACAUUCAAUCUCUCCAGCGGAAAAGUGCACUGAGCCAACUGUGGCUGGCAAAGAGACCAAGCUCUACAUCUGUGCCGACUGCAGCUAUGAAACAACACGGAUUGCUGCUUUGAAGAGCCACAUUAGAACACACACUGGGGAAACACCAUUUAGUUGUAACUUCUGUGACUACAAAUGUGCUACUUUAGGUAAUUUGAAGAGGCACAUAAGAACACACACUGGUGAAAAACCAUUUAGUUGCGAUUUAUGUGAUUAUAAUUUUGUGACCACAAAUCUGCUCAAUCAGGUGAUUUGAAGAGACAUAUCAGACUGAAACACACUGGGGAAAAAGCCUGUGAAGAAAUAAUUCUGAGAUAAAUGUUACUUGAUGUGCUGAUUCAUGUACUUAUAAGGCACAUCAUAUUAGAAGGCAAACCGUUGAAAUAUAAUUGUAUAAUAGUUCUAUUGACAUUGUUUUGUUUUGCAAUUGAGAUUUGUGUGAUUGGUGUCAGAUUCUCGUGCGCUUAAUCAUUUAGUGUAACUUAAUUGAGUAAAUUUCAAUUCAGUACAUUUUUCUGUACUGACGAGGAUGACAUGAAGGUUUAGCACUUAGCAGAUUGAAACAUCAAUUGGGAUUAAUGAGUGCAAUUUUAUGCAAGUUGAGUCUAUGUCUUUAUCCAUCUGCCAGAUUUACUUUUCUCUCCUCAUAUUAACUUAUCCAGAAAUAUUAAUUUGCAGAAAUCAAAGCAAAAAGUUGGUGAGUUUCUAUUGCUUUAUCCUUGAAACUUGGUCUUGCAAGGAGCUCUCCCACUCUUGUUAAAUGUAAAGAAUAUUCAUGCCUCUUCAAUUGUAAAUUCGUAAAAUUCAAAGCAAUCUACACAUAAUAUUUUUUCAAAUUCAAAUUAUUUAUUAACUAUUUCAUUAGUUUAAAAUAUGAUUUACAACAUGUAAAGAAUUUCUGCAUUGUUACAAUUCUAAAUUAUAUUCAAUUAUAUAAAUCACAAAUUUAUUCAGGACAAAAUGUCAAAGGUUGUCUGGUAUAGCUCAGCUGGUAGAGCUGUCUCCUCAAAUGUGAAAAGAUCCAUUCUGAUGAUCCCAUCUUCAUGACAAUUAAAUUUUCAUUAAAUUACCACCUCUUCAACAACAAAACAACAAUAUUGUCUUUGCAAAACCCUUUGAACUCCUAUGCUCCAUUUUAUGAUGUUAUUGUUGUUAAUAUGGCUGCGUUGAUUAAUUCAAAAGCCUCCUGGCUUAUUAUAGAUUUUAUUAUUUAUUUAGAAUAAGAUGGGAUACAACUUGAGAGGGACUAAUUGAUUUUACUUUAUGGACUACUGUUGAGAGUUCUAUCCUUUUGAAUAGCAAUUUUGUAUUGUAUCACAAACAGUUAUAAUUCACUAGAGAUUCAUUAUAUUAAUAUUAUUUAGAUUAGCCUAUCAAUAGUUUUUAGCAAUCUAUUGUAAGAGAAACUUCUUGUUAAUAGAUAUUCUAUCUUUGAGGAAUAUUCUAUACAUUUCUCCUGUCUUCCAUAAUUAUUUACUUCAAUUUAUCAACUUUCAAUAAACUCUCGAAAUCGUCAUCCUAGCCUACAAUUUUGAUAUUUCUAGCUUCUAGGUGUGGAACUCCUAUUCCCCCACAGGUAUCUGUGGUUAUAUUGCUAUAAUGUGUCUCUUUUUAUAUAAUUUAACUUAUACUCUAACUACUGUUGAAAGAACAAAAAUAAUAAAGAAAAAUCAAACAUUGA